UUGAAACUUGAAAUAUCUCCUCUGGGCAGGUUGUCUCUGCCUCUGGGUCUUGACUUGACCCUUUCCUCGCCUGAGAUGGGAAAAGAAUCGGUUUGGUAACCAAAAAUUGACGAAAACUCAAAAAUUGUUGUAAUUGGAUAAAAAAAAACCUUAAUAGUUGUUUCAGUUCUUGCUGUAUCAAUAUUUUCAUACAUGACAUGGAUAAUAUCAAAGAGGAAAUAAUAGAAAUUGGGAGUAUCAAACUCGAACCAUUCGAUGUUUGUCAGAAUAUCACAGUGAAAGAAGAAAGAGAUGAAUCUGCAGCUGUAGUACAAUAUUCAAAAGACGAAGUUUACAUUGACACUGAAGAUAAGAAAGUUAAUCAAAAACUCCCUUCAAAAGACGAAGUUUACAUUGACACUGAAGACAAGAAAGUUAAUCAAAAACUCUCUUCAAAAGACGAAGUUGAAAUUGACACUGAAGAUAAGAAAGUUAAUCAAAAACUUCUCAAUGAAAACGAAAGCAUCAACACCAGUAAUUCAUCUUCAAAAAAACGGACCAAAUCACAAAAAUUCGAGUGCGACAAAUGCGAUUUCGCAGCAAAUUCAAAGCGUUCCCUUGGACUGCACAUAGAUUCAAUUCACUUGAAUUUAAAACGGCACAAAUGUCACUUUUGCGAUUUCACUACCCAUAAUAAAGCUAAUAUCAAGAAACACAUAGAUUGUAUUCAUUUGAACAAUAAGGAACAUAAAUGCGACUUGUGCGAAUAUGCAACUAAUCAAAAAUCUUCUCUGUUAGACCAUGUAAAGUCCAUUCAUUCGAAUUUGAGGAUUCAUAAGUGUUCCUAUUGUGAUUAUUCUGCGAAUUUGAAAAAUCGACUCAACAAACAUAUAAAUUCAGUUCAUUUAAAUUUGAAGAAACACAAAUGUCUCCUAUGCGAUUUUGCUUCGAAUUUUAAAUUUGGACUGAGAAAACAUAUGAAGUCUGUUCAUUUGAAGUUGAAAGAUUACAAGUGUGAUAAGUGUGCUUAUGCAACUAGUGACAAAGAUUCCCUCUCGAAACACAUGUACCUUCAUUCGGAUUCGAAGCCAUACAAGUGUGACUUGUGUGAUUAUUCUGCCAUUGAAAAAAGAAAUCUUAAAAGCCACAUGAGUUCUGUUCAUGUUAACUUAAAAUGUGACUUAUGUGACCAUACAUCGAAUAAAACUGACCUCAAAAAACAUAUGAAGUCUGUUCAUAAGGAUGUACAAAAUAAAUAAAUAUAUAAACACGUUUUUUUA